AUGUCCUCCUCGUCCACCCCGCUUCUUAACACUCCUCCUCCACCGUGCUACCUCUUACUGCCCCCCGACCCCUGCUCCUCCAUGUCUUCCGAUAAGCCAGUAUCCAUUCCGCUCCCCUCUCGCUCCUCCUCUGACAAGAAGUCGUCUCCCGUCUGGUCGCUCACCAACCACCCGCCAGACGCAGUCCCUCUCCCUUCCAAGUGCGACAGGGAACACCCAACCCGUGAAGGUGUCUGCUGCAAGACCCUCAAGGAAGAAGAGCGCACCCUCAUCGACCCAGACAUCGUCCGCGACGUCAUCAUCGGCCUCUCAGACGGCCUCACCGUCCCCUUCGCUCUCACAGCCGGCCUCUCCUCUCUCGGCACCUCCCGCCUCGUCAUCAUCGGCGGCGUUUCAGAGCUCAUAGCCGGUGCCAUCUCCAUGGGUAUCGGCGGCUUCCUCGCCUCCCAGGCCGAGCGCGACCACUACCGUUUCCUCCGCCGCGCCACCUCACACCGCGUCCUCCGCUCCUGCGACGGCGAGAUGGAGCGCGAGGUCUACGACAUCCUCGGCCCUGUCGGCGUCGACGAGAAGACCAGUCGCGCGGUCGCCGAGUGCCUCCGUCGCAUCGAGGUCGACUCCGCAGGCGAGGACAUCUCGUCCAGCUCUAGCACUUGCCCCGAGAGCGGCAUGCGCCUCGACAAGAACGUCGGUCUCUCCGGCUUCCUUCUCAAGUUUGGCGAGAACCUCGAGGAGGUGCCCACACGCCGCCUAUACAUAUCUGCGUUCACAAUCGGCAUGGGCUACCUCCUCGGUGGCAUCGUACCUCUCAUCCCGUACUUCUGUGAGCCCGUGGCGCACAAAGCGCUCGUCUGGUCGUGCGUCGUGACCGGCAUCAUCCUCCUCAUCUUCGGCGUCGUCAAGGCGCGCGUCACCGGCGCCGGCCGCAACUUCGGCACCUACCUCUGGGGCGCACUUACCACGCUCGCGGUCGGCGGCUCGGCCGCUGCCGCAGCGUAUGGCCUCGUCGCAGUGAUGCAGAAGUAUGAUAAAUGA